AUGAGUAGUGUGUCCUGGAAUCGACAAUUUGUUCAGCUGGUAAACAACGUGAUCCGCGUAACAACACAGAUAGAUGCCACUGUGGCACCGCUUUACCUGGAAGGUACCUCCUUGCUGAUCCUGUACAUAGUUCAGUUGGACCUGACUCUGCUGCAGAUGGUUGGAUAUAGUCAAAUUGAACUACACAUCUUCUCGCUUUACAAUUUAAUGCUGGAGCUUUAUUUCAACACCUAUGUGGUCUACGAGUUGCUCCUACUGUCCUGGAUCGCUGCUUUCAAUAGGUUCUUAAAGAAAUACGCACAGGAAUGGAAUCCCUCCAAAAAGCAGCGCGCUCAUUUUCUUGAACUGUUUAAUCUAUAUUCAAGGAUUGGAAUUAUUCACCAGAACAUCCAGCAUCUGUGGCUGCCGCUGGCAAGUGUUAUUUUCUCCGACAUUUUAAUGCUAGUGACCAAUUGGGCUUUCGUCAUAUCCUGCUUCCUAUCCGAUAACUUUGCCGAAGGAGGCAUUUGUAAUUGGAAAUAUGAAAUACCCGUCAUCGCCGCCCAGGCUUCCCUCUUACGUAUUUUGUUUAUUGGUCUGUGCAACGAUCGAUUGGCCCUACAGCAGUGCUUCCUUAGAUUGCAACUCCUGGUCAUAAGCUUAAAGGAGCAGGAUCAGCUGGAUCAGUCCUUUGCCUGGGAUGUAAAUAAUCUGCAAACCUGUUUUGAUAUCCAGCUGUGGGCCCAGCCGAUCAGGAAUCAGAUUAUGAGCUCCAAUCAGGAAUGCGGAUGUUCGUUUGUGCUCGACUUCUUCUUUUGCGCACUGCUAAAUGCCUUGGGCUGUGUGCAGUAUAGAAUAUCAGUGAACAUUCAUCCGUUCCACUUCUUAGAUACCAUCACCUAA